AUGGAUACAGUUACUAUGUUAGAAGAAGCAAUUCACUAUGUCAAAUUUCUUAAGACUCAAAUAUGGCUGCAUCAAACCGUGAUUAAUAUUGUAGAUGAUUAUGAUAAUCCAAAUUAUCAUGAUCAGUUGCUAAUGGCUCAUGACUCUAAUUUUGCUAAUUAUUAUCCUCAUGAAAUGGUGGAAUAUUGCCCAGCUCCUGUUGAGAAUGCACAAAUAAAUUAUAACUUGGACCAGCUGCAGCUUCCAGGUUAUGCAUUUUCAGAUGGGGAUCAAUUCCAAGGAGAAGAAACUAAUAUUACUGGUGAUUCUUUUAUGUACUAUUAG